CAACGCUUAACAUAAACAAAAAGCAAACACACACGCAUCUAUGUUUUCUUUUUAUCGUUAACUUUAAGAGCUGCUCUUCGAAAGCGUCGUGAAAUGGAUCUUCGCAUCCGACAGUAUUUAUCAAAAGCUCAGGAGAAAAGAGAUGCUGUGUACCUGAGGAAAGCGUUCGAGCUGAUGCGAGCUUCAUCUCCGUCUGAGCUCCUCGUGCUGUGUGCAGAACAGUCUCUACAGCUGGGCUGCUGGGAAGUCGCCGAGGACUGUAUAAUGAUGUACUUGGAAGGGAAACCUCCAGCCAAUCAGUUCCUGUGUCGAGCGUAUCUGUGCCGGGCUCAGCUCAUUAACACAGCGGAGGACUUGGAUAAGGCCGUGAUGUACUAUCUGAAGGCGAUUGAGAUUGCCAGAGACAAGUCCAGAUAUCAUUUCGUGGUGUUCAACGCCUCGCUGCUGUAUCUCCGGUCCGUCCGGCGGCUCCUGAGGCCCGGAAGACGGCUCCUGGUUUCUUCUCUCACGCAGGUGCUCAAGGCUCUGGAGGAGGUUCAGGAUCCCGAUCUCGCGUGGAGGGCUGAGCUGAUGCUACACCUUGUUGAAUGUCUGCUCGAUGCUGAAAAGAGGAAAGAAGCAGCUGUCAUGGUCAAGGUCACCUCUGAUUUUAUUCAAUCACAUAAACCAGAGCUUUAUCCCCGGCUUUUCUCCAUACAGGUUCGUCAUAACCUCAUGGAUGUGUCUGAAAUGCUGCAUGAUGGGAACCCUAAGUUGCUUGUGAUGUACAAGAUCCAAAAGCUUAAACAAACGGUUGAUGUGAGUGAAGUCCAGAGAGACGAUGCAGCGGCUCUGAAGGAGAUCUUCCUGCUUCUGACUCCAACAUCAGACCUCCAGACCUCCAGACCUCCACCGGACAUCCACAGAUCCAGUGCUCCACCCAGCAUCAGCUCUGAACCCAGCUCCAGUCCUCCACCCUUCACCCACAGCAUCAGCGCUCCUCCCAGCAUCCUCCGCUCCAGCCCAUCCUCCUCCUGCAGGUCCAGUGUUAGUCUGGAUCAGAGCUCCUCCAUCACACUGAGUGACAGGGUUGAGUUCCUGCUGGAUCUGGCGCUCCUCUCUCUGCAGUUAAAGCAUCACCAAACAGCGUCCGACUGUCUGGAGGAGCUCCGAGCCACGGAUGUCACCGUCGGCCAGAGCGUGAUGGCGGAGUGCGUCCGGCGCGAGCUGGAGCUGAACGAACACGGGAUGGAGAAUUACUCCAGAUCCGGCGUGGAGCUGCGGUUGAGUGUAAUCUCUCGACUGGAAGCGCUGCUGCAGACGGCUCUGGAGGAAGCGGACUCUCGGGCGACUCAGGCGGUGUGUGUGUGUCUGUGGAACGCGUGUCUGCCUCUUCUCCAACACAACCUUCGGAAGAGAGUCCGGAAAGCCCUGCUGAGCCUCGCCGGAGCGCUGGAGCGCACACACAGUUUGCUGCUGGACGUGUUGAGUCGGGCUCACGCCGAACUGGCCGCUAUAGACGAGGAGGAUGAGAAGCUGGAUUCCGCCGUGAAGCAUCUCCAGAAAGCGUCCGAGCUGGAUCCCGACUCCGAGCAGCUGUCCUCCUCCUUGCGCCUCCUCCGGCUGCGCUCCUCUGUCCACGGCGCUCCCGAGCGAGCGGAGGAGAGCGCCGCUAAACUCAUCCAGCAGGCCAAAGAGGGAGGCGGCCGCGAGGCUCUGAGAAAGCGACGUCCUCUGCUGGUCACCGCUGGAGUCGCUCUGGCUCCCGAUGCUUUCCUGAGCGUCCUGGAGGCUGACGGUCAAGUCAAAGACGAUGGAGCUGGAGAUCGUCUGGAGCUGCUCGCCGCUAAAGCCCAGCAUCACAGCAGCCGUGUGCAGAAGGUCAGAGGUCAUUUGGAUGGGCUUGACCAGAGCUCGGAUGACAAAGAAAGGGUGAAAUUAUGGGCUUCUCUGGCCAAGACUGCCCGGAAACAGGAGGUGUUCGACGUGUGUCGGGCGGCCUGCCGCUUCUGUCUGCUUUAUGAUGACGGACGAUGGAAAACCACGAGCUCCACGGGUUGUGAUCGUCCAGAUCAGAAGAAGCAGACUGACCCGAGCACACAGAGAGAUCUGCUGCGUCUGCUGGCCGAGGUCCACUUCCUCCACGCUGAGGUAACAGUCCUCAAACUCCGCUCCGAGGGGGUGGAGCUAAACGGCUCUGCCGUAGCACCUGAUGAAAAACAGACACGCCCACCUGAAGGCGACGCCCACUGGAACCUGUACAGUGAUUGGAUCAAGGAUUUAUCGGCUUACGCCACUGGUGGUUUCCUGCGAGGGGCGGAGCUUGGGGCGGAGCUGCGAGAGGAUUGGCUGGUGGUUAAUGCAGCGGUGUAUCUGUGGAACUAUAACAGCUGGCUGCUGACCAGAGGAGGACAUCGGCUCCUUCUGCCCACCUUCAGACGCCUGCUGGAGCUCCUCAGACGGACGGGCAUGCUGGGACUCGUCCAGCCGUGCAGCGCCGCUCGGUUCAAGCGUCAGCAGGAAGCGCUGGAUGCUGGGAAAGGAGGAGCUCAGCCGCCCGCUGAGAAGACCAAGAAGGUGCGAGGGAAGAGCGUGGAGAAGUCCGGCUCGACCCACGGCCCUCAGCUGGACACGGGCGCUCUGCUGGACGUUAAGACAGCUCUGGAGAGGAGUUCGGAUGAGAGUAACGCGCCUGCCGCGGACCGGCCUGUGGAGGACCGGCCUGUGGUGCACAGGCCCGCGGAGGACCGGGCCGUGCCGUGUUUGAUCGCGGGCGAUCGGCCUCCGGAGGUGCGGGGUGAACCAGAGACAGUCGCGGAGGAUUCGGCGAACUCAUCGAGGCCUGAUUCGAGCGCUGUGGAGCAGCCCGCGUUAUCUGUUACAGAUCAAAAUACGGAGACUAUCGGUACCGAAAAGCAAGAGAGAGAAAAUCUCUUCAGUACAUGGGUCUGUGUGAAACAGCUCCUUCAGCAGCAGAUCGGACACAAACUGGACAUCAACGAUGAGAGCGAGGCGCUGAGGGCCGUGUCCCGUGUUCUGGUGACGGUGGAGAUGUCGUGUAACAGGAACCCCAGACUCAUGCAGUUCUCCGUUCCCAGUCUGUCUGAGCUGGUUGAGAUGACGUCGGCCGGUCAGUGGUCGGAUCCGGUCGUUGAGCUGUACGUCUGGACACAGCUCGCUCUGUUUGCUCAUCAGACACAAGACCGUGACCUUGUCCUGACCUGCACCCAUAAUGCACUGCAGCUGGAGCAGAACGCAGCACAAAGAGUGAAGACGGCCGCUCAUGCUCUGUUCAGCGCGUGUUCGGUUCAGGAGAUGCUGAGCAGCGCUGCAGGGGUCAGAGGUCAGAGUCUGAUCCUGGAGGCCAGAGGUCAUCACAGCAGAUACAUGGAGGGUCUGCUCACGCUGCAGGACAGUGUCGGUUUUGCGGAGCAGGCGGGCAGCUGGACUCUGUGUAUGAGCGCAGCCGGUCACUUCUGGAACGCCUGUCUGCCUCUGCUGGACUCGAGACGGGACAGAAGACCACUGAGAGGAGCUCUGGAGAUCAUCCUGAAGAACAUCAGCCGGACAUACAGAAAACACACCGCUGGCAAAACUAAAAGAGUGUCUGGACUCAAGCGAGACGGGGCAGUGAUGGGAACACCAGAUACCACAAACGACGUCGUGGCUGAUGAUGACCUGAAGCUGUGGACGGCUGCGGUCAGCGCUCUGCUUCAUAUUCAUGUGGACGCCGGAGACUGGAGAAGAGGCCUGCAGCUGCUGGACGAGGCUCUCGGAGAGACGCCACACACACAACACAGACUGGUUCUGCUGAAGCAGCGUGUUCUGCUCAAGGCCCGGCUCGGCGAGUCUCUUCUGCCGGACAUGCAGCGGCUCCCCGACGAGGGACGGAUGUGGAGGCGCGCGGCUCUCUGCGCUGAAGACGGACCUCAGCGGCUCGCCUGCUAUCAGAGCGCCGUCACGGCUCUGCAGGCCGCGUGUCCUCAGUCUCCGGGCGGUCGGUGGCAGGAGGUGGACGUUCUGCUGGAGUUUGCCGAGUGGCUGUAUUUGACUCACUUUCCUGCGAGCGACGUGCAGGUCCUGAUCGAGCGGGCCGUGGACCUGCUGCUGCUCACGGACGAGGAGCGUGUUGCGGUGUGUGUGUGUGAAGUGCGUCCGGUCGGCCGCCUGGAGCGUCUGGUGCGCUCACACACACUGCUGGCUCUCACCGAGGACCGCUCAUCUCUCAAACACCAGCAGCAUCUGCUGACCGCCUACAGCUUCACGCUGCACAUCUGGAGGGUAUCUAUGGCGACCGCACAGGAAGUGAUGAAUGAUUGGACGGAAGGUCAAGACGUGAGAUCGGCCAGCUCCAGAAAAGACAAGGAGAGAGCAGACGACAAGAAGAACAAACAGCCGUCUCCCGUUGAGGACAAAGGCCGAGUUAAAGCAGCAGACGCGCGUCUUCCCAUCAGCCCCGAGCAGUGGGCUCAGUUCCAGUGUCCUGAAGAGGUCCGGCGGGCCUUUCUCUCGGACGCCGGUCCGUACAGCAUCAACAGCACAUCCAUCAGAGCACAGAGCCGAACUCUGUUUUAUUUGGAUCUGUUGGUGAAAGAGCUGGAGUCGUUCUCCUUGACCCCGCUGACCUUUGCCCCUCUCCACCUGGCAGAGGUCAUCGCCGGUGACCUCACGCGGAGCAGGAGUCAGUCUGACCUCUACCGCCUCAGGAUCAUCAGGAACUCGGCCGAUCUGGGGUUCCUGUCUCCGUUCUCCCGGCAGCUGCUGAGCUUCACUCUCGUUCCUGCAGACGAGCUGAUGCUGAGCCGGAGAGCCAUCAUUUCACAGAGAGACCAGGCAGAGGAGACGGUGUCUGCUCUCAGUCCUCAUCAGCUGUGGCUGGAGAAGGCCGGUGUGUGUCUGAGUCUGAACCUGUUUCAGCCUGCUAAAGUCCUGCUGACUCACACACACCUGACAGCCAAGGCGCUUGGAGACCGGCUGUCAUUGGCUAAGAGUUUACACCUGCUGGCGGUUCUGGCCAAUCAGGAGCAUCGGUUCGGCGAGGCUCUCGCUCUGCUGCAGGAGGCACAAGAGAUCGGAGGAGACGAGGAGUUCUGCUUCCUGCUCACUCAGACGCUCCUAACGACCGUAGUGGAACACCAGGAAGUGGAAGAACAGGAAACGCAUCAUCAGGUGUGUGUGAUCACAGAACAGGCCUGCAGAACCAUCAGAGCUGUUCUAGAGCAGAGACCGAACCGAGCCUCCUCGGUCCUCCGCUUCUUCAUCGCAGAGCUGCAGACCAGGGCUGCCGUGUUUCGUCAGCGUUUGUUGUGUCCUGCAGCUCCACUGCAGUGUCUGACAGAUCUGUCGGUGGAGAUGCUGAGCUCGGUGUGUGACACGCUCAAACACACUGCUGCUGAACUACUAGAGCUGGGAUACAGGACACACUCUUCUGAGGCCAUGCUAGAACACGCCAACACACUGAGAAUCCUGGCUGUUCACUCAUUGAAUGAUGAAGAGAAACAGCGCCACCUUCUGGAUGCGUUCAGGUUGAUGAAGAACGCUGUGUCUCUUCAGGAGCAGGUUCUCACUGAUGUCCUGAAUGUUCUCCCACCUCACGAGUCCGGCUGGCGUGGUGUCCCCGGGGCCCGUGUGUGUGUCCGUCUCAGAAUGGCCCUCGCUGACCUGGCCCUGCUCAUGCUGGAGCUCCAGAGCGCAGAGCAGAAGAGGAAGUCCAUGGCUCGGGACAGGAAGUCAUCAGCAGAGAGAGCUCUGGAGGACUACAUGAGGAGCAGCUCUGAUCCAGAGACAGUUGAUCAGGAGUGGUCAGCUGCGGGCCGGUCUCUGGCUCAGGAGGCUCUGACUCACCUCACAGCGGUCAUCUCUGUCUCACCCGACCGCGUGGAGACCAGGGCCCGCUCCCUCGGCAUGCUGGGAAGGUGUCUGAGGAUCCUGGCUCAGCAGAGAGACCCGCUGUGGACCGAGAGCGACGCGGAACAGGAGGAUAAUGAAGACCAGCGAGUGAAGAUAAAUGAAGCGGAGAAGAAAUCUCAGGCUGUGAGUCUGAGUCUUCAUCACAAUCUUCCUCAUCUUCUUCCUGGCGUCUGCUCAGAUCUUCUGGAGUGUCUCGGUCAGUUUGACCUCGGGGCCAGUGGACAGUACCUCGCCCUGCUGCAGAACCACCUGAGGAUUCUGGGAGAAAUGCCACCGAGCUUCAAGAUCCUGCUGCUCCAGCACUCAGAGGACAGUUCUGUGCUUCACGCUGGUGUUUAUGAGAAGGUUAGGACUCUCAGAGACUCAGAAAGGAAAGAGUGA